AUACUUUUCGGUCUUUUUUUUUUCGAGAGACAAUCAAUGACUCUGUACUCCCCUCUCGCCCCCCACGAAUUCGACUAUCCUUGGCGAAGGAGCUGUGUGAGUGUGUGAAUUGUUUGGUGAAUCUCUCCGAACGUGGGGAAUUUCCUACCGGAGGACACUCAGGGACAGAUCCCUCCGCAUGAGGAAUUAGCCUGGAGAUGACAUCCUGGCAUGGGUUGAGCCUCCAGAAGGGGUGCGCCAGAGAGGAGAGGCAUCACAUGAAUUGAUACUACCCCUAAAAUGCUGCUCACCACCACUACAAGUGGCUGAGCUGUGGCAUCUCGACGGUGUUUUAUUGUGUGAUAAAGUGCUUGUGCAACAAAAGUGGAGACGCAACGCACCCCAAAACAGCACAUUUGUUUUUGUUGUUUUUAUUUGAUAACACCGAACAACACCCAGUGAACACCGGACUGUGUGUCUCUGAGAACACUUGGGCUGUCUCUGGGCCUAGCGAAUGUAUAAUCGGGUCUAGAAUAGGGGCUGUUCAAGGGCAAGGACCUAGGCUGGCAUCCUUGAUUGUGUUGUGCAGAUUGGUUUAGCAACCUAAACCGCGCGGUAGGGUAGCCAAGUUAGCCUGAUUCUCAAUUCGUGACCUUGACACCCGCAGCAACGCAUAGUGACGGAAUUCGGAACUCUUGACUUGGGGAAUGGGUAGUUUAGUGCUGAACUAUGGCUUCGGUGGCUGUUCCACUGCCUUCUGGGAUCUGCAGAGGACGAAGAAGAAAUCCCCGAUGUAGUUAGUGUUGAGAUACAGCGGGUAUCUUUGGCAUAAACAUUCACGGAUAUUCUCUAUAAGUGUUGUGAGAACUGAACUGAAAUAGUGCAGGUGACUCAAAUGGCAGCAUAUGCGCAAUUUGGCUACAGUUACCCGUCGGCAAGUCAGCUCCUUGUCGGCGGAAGUGGCGGCACAAAUGGCGGCCAGCCGACCGGGGCGACGGGCGCCCCCGCGGGAUCGGCCCAAUCGCCCAUCUCGGCCACCAACGCGCCCUCGCUGAGCCCCGUGGGCUCCGCCACGGGCGCCGGCCCGGGCGCCCUCAGCCCCGGCUCCCUGUCGCAGACGUCCACGAACGCGCCGGCCGCCUCGGCGUCGUCGACCUGUUGCGAGAACGGACGCCCCAUCAUGACGGAUCCCGUGUCCGGGCAAACCGUGUGCUCCUGCCAGUACGACUCGGCCAGGCUCGCGCUGUCCAGCUACUCGCGCCUGCCGGCCGCAGGCGUGGGGGUGUACGGCACCCCGUAUCCGUCCACAGACCAGAACCCCUAUCCCAGCAUCGGCGUCGACAGCUCCGCCUUCUACUCACCACUGAGCAAUCCGUAUGGACUGAAGGAGAGCGGACCCACCGGCGAUAUGUCGGCCUGGACCUCAGCCGGCCUCCAGCCGACCACCGGCUACUAUCCCUACGAUCCCACACUGGCGGCCUAUGGGUACGGCGCAGGAUACGACCUGGCGGCGAGGCGGAAGAAUGCCACGCGGGAGUCCACGGCGACGCUGAAAGCGUGGCUCAAUGAGCACAAGAAGAACCCCUACCCCACCAAGGGCGAGAAGAUCAUGCUGGCGAUCAUCACGAAGAUGACCCUCACGCAGGUGUCGACGUGGUUCGCCAACGCGCGGCGGCGGCUGAAGAAGGAGAACAAGAUGACGUGGGAGCCCAAGAACAAGACGGACGACGACGACGACGCAAUGGUGUCGGACGACGAGAAGGAGAAGGACGACCUCGAUGGCGGCAUGGACAAGAGCCGAGAUCACAAAGACUCCAUCCAUCAUGUGAAGUCUGAGCAGCACGUGAAGGACGAGGAGGAGGACGAUCUGACGGACGACGACCGCAAAACUGAGGCUGCCGCCAUGCUUGCGGCCGGCGGGGGAGCCGGCGGUGGUAUGUCACACCACCACCACCUGCACCACCACCCGCACCACCAUCCGUACCACCCGCACCACCCCCACCACCCGCACGGGAUGCUGGGCGGCGGGUACGGCGUGAAGCAGGAGGAGCAGCAAUUGACGGCGCCAAAAAACCAAACAAGCAGCGACUGUGGCGUGCCGAUUCCGGCCACCAAGCCCAAAAUCUGGAGUCUGGCCGACACAGCCGCGUGCAAGACGCCUCCCCCACUCCCACCCCACUCGGCGCCAUGGAUGGCGGCGCCCGGCUACCAGCAGACGACUGGCAGCGCCGCCGCCAUGAUGAUGGGCUCCGGCGGAGCGCCGCCGCAUGGCAUGCUGGCGAGCGGCCAGCCGCCACCUAUGCAGCAGCAGAUGAUGCCUGGCACCGGCCCCAUGACGACGCCCUUCACCGCCAACUAUGGCCGGUACGGGGGGUUUCUCAGUGGGCCGCCGCCCCCGCCGCCCUCGGCCCACCACUACCCCAACCCCUGCACCACGCCGAGCCACCUAGCCACGGGGGACAGUACGCCCCUGGGCCCCCAAUCCACGCAGAUGUCCAGCAGCAGCAGCAGCACCACGAAUACGCCGCCGGCGAUGGGGUUUCCCGAGGUCCAGACCGAUACGCCACCCCAGACGCCGCCGAGUAUGAAGCUGCCCAGCGUGGCCGGGAACCUGCUCCAUUCGGCCACCCCUACGACCGGUACCUGCUACAGUAACGGCGGUCCGGCCAUGGCUAGUGCGCCGUACGGCGGCGCCGCGUCGCCGGCGGAGCAGAACGGCUUCAUGGGCAACUUCGCGCGCAUGCAGGGCAGCCCCGUGAACAACAACACGCUGCACAAGGACUUCGCGCAGCAGAUGAUGAGCGCCGACAUGGCGGCCUUCAAGCCCUUCUACAAGAGUGCCCACCAGGUUGGGAACGGAUUCGUGUCGCCGGUCUGAGACGAGGACGCCGAGAGUGACAACCACCCUCAAUUUGGCUUUCCGGUGGAGAAAUACUGAAUGAAUGCGGCAAACUCAUGCAAAUGUAUACGAGAUAGUUGACUUUUAUGUUCGUUUUCCAAUGCUGCGCGCGAAGAUGGACAACGAUGGCGCGGCGGAAAUGGGAAAGGAAAAGGGCAAAGUGCAAGCACAAAUCUCAAUAGAAAGGCGACAAUGUUAUGAUUUUGUUCAUUUCUACUCAAAGCAUAUGAAAUAUUUAAAUGGUAUGAAAAUCUCAAAAUAGCUCAAACACAGCAAAUAGAUAAAAAGAAAAACACUCACAGAAAUUCUAUAGAUAAUCAAUAGUGGAAAAUAUAUUAGAUAAAGAAGAAAAUAAUUACUUUCAAUUUCCAAAUGACUUGUACUUUUCACCGAAGACUUUUCUGAGUGACAUUUUCUGUGGGAUUCUUCAAUUUUUGUCACACUUUCAAAAAAAUUGAAAAAUAUCAACAGAAAAUCCACAAAUGGACUUGAGAAUUAAGGAAGAAGAUAAAAAAAAUUGGCACGCAAAUUUGUGCAAUAUAAUCAUUGUAAUUAAUUUUUUUUUGAGACGAGAAAAGAAGUUUCCGUUUUUUAUUGAAAAAAAAAUGAAAGAAAUUGCAUCAAUCUUAAGAGAAGAAAAAAUAAUUCACAUAAAAUAUAUUCGCAAAGAAAACGUAAAUGUAAAGAUAAAUUUUUAAACAAAAAUAAUGAGAAAAAAAAUUCACAAAUUGUCUGUUUAAGCAUUUGUAAUCUGUGAUAAAAAUAACUAACUACUAAAUGAUAAUACUAAUUAAAAUAUUUUAAAAAAUGAAAAGUAAAAUGAGAGUAAUUUAAAAAAUGAGAGAUUUCCAGACGAAUAGAAAAUUCGACUUUUUUUCUAAGGAGCUUCUGUGCUGAUAAAGAAAUAAAAAAGAAGAGGAAGAAGAAAAAAGGAAUAUUGAGAGUUGCGUUUUUGAAGGAUAAAAUGAGAGAGAGAAAAUUACACAAAAGAUGAUUGAAAUGAGUGAAAUUUUUGAAGUGGGCGCAAGAAAUUCUAUAGAUUUUCACUGAAGAUGCAAACUAAAAGUUGUGUAAGUUUAAACAACAUGAAGAAAAGAUUAAUUCAACACUUUGAAUGUAUAACUUUGUAAAUACGAUGGAUGUUUUUUGGAGUAAGUGUGACUUGAACACUCGUAUCAAUUUUACUUAAUAUUUACUUACUUAUCAUUCAAAUGACUCCUCCUCAGUCUGCACGCUCGGCACAAGAAAUGCAGCUCUGACUCAUUGUUUUACUUCUCCCUUGUUUUAUUUCUCUAUGCAAAGCAAAAAUGUAUGGAAAAUUGUGCAAUGCGUUUCUCUGAGUGCAGACUGGGGAGAUUCAUCAAGUAACAAUUUACAUUAUAAUUAAGGAAUAAUUCGUAUAAAGUAUAUAAAGAAAUCAAAUCUAUGUAUAAAUUCACAAUCAUGAAAAAUAGACGGAUUAUUAGAUUUAAUUUGUGGCUUUCACGUCUUUCCUCCCACAAAAUCUCGCGCG